AUGGUAUCGGCUACAAGUGUGUUGAAUGGUGUGAUUGGAGACUACUUGGAUGCUACCCAAAAUGAAUUGGCUACCCCCAUGAUGUUGCUGCGCCAUCCGGAUCAGCCAGUAAACUGUUCCGAGUUGCUAGGCGAGCUCCAACAAAAGCGGCAGUCCCAACAACAAUCGACUCCUCUUCCCAUUUCUGUUCUCGUUCAUGGACUGGUUUGCGAUGAACACUCGUGGGCCUUGGACAAGGGCAGCUACACCAACAAGAAUGAAAGUGGUAGCAACUUUUCCAUGGCGACAACGGGUGUCCAGGUGGACUAUGGCUCCUUACUAGAACGUGAUUGUCCAGAUAUGACAGCUCUUUAUCUCCGAUACAACACUGGAUUGCACAUCUCCACCAAUGGAAAACGACUCAGUGAGAUACUCGAAGCGUUGGUUCUGCAGAUUUCGCCCAGUGUUCCUGUGCAAAUCACACUGAUCUGUCAUAGCAUGGGCGGACUUUUGGCACGGAGUGCUACUCAAUAUGCGUUGCGCCACGAUGCCAGCUGGAUUCGUGCCACCACUCGCAUCAUCUUUUUGGGAACUCCCCAUCAAGGCAGUUACUGGGAAUGUGCCGGGCAACUCGUCACAUGUGCAUUGGACUAUGUUCCCCUCACGGCCACCAGAACCGUGUCCAAAUUGGCCAAGCUGCGCAGUCAAGGCAUUCAAGACUUGCGGUAUGGAUACACUCUGGAGGAGGAUUGGAAAGAAGAGGAGCAAGGCAGCAGUAGUACUUGGUCUUCAUGGUCGCAAAACUCCAAACAACCAGGUCAAGAACAACUCUUGGACUGGGUCUCCUAUCAUGCAGUGACUGGCACUGUCAUGUCCGAUCCAGAACAUCCUCUUAAUCACUUGCUUGGGGAUGGACUGGUCUCCAAGGCCAGCGCCGAAGGACGGUCGGCACAGCCCGGCUACACUCUGUCCUUUUCAUCCAAGCGGGAAUUCCCAGGCAUCCACCACAAUGCUCUGCAAAAGAGCUGGGAGGUUUAUGAACAACUGCGAGAGUGGAUUGUAACGCCCUCCACAACGGAAGAAGAAGAAGAUCCGCAAGAUCGAGGCUCCCCACCCAAGCUGGAUUGGACCAAGGUACCCUGCAAUAGCACUACAGUGCAAGUUGUCUACAAUGAUCAAGAUGAGAUCGAAUGCACUGAUAAUGGCUUCGUCAUUCUGAAUGGAAAAGUUGAUAAGAAGAACAAGGACGAAGUGGAUCGGAUUGGAACGUUUGCUCGAUGCAGGGGCGUGACCGCGUUGGUUCAAGAUGCCGUGGACGCAGGGGUAUCGACAGUGGAACAUGUUCAGACUAAUGUGACCAACGAGGUCUAUCAAGCAGUGACCUACGUGACACCGUCCUUUGCGACACCCGUUGUUCGAGGCGUCAAUAAAGUACACAAUGGCAUUGUGUCGUCCAUAUAUUCCACCGUGAAAUAUGUCAAUUAUGGCACUGGUGAAACAGUCAAGUGCGCCUUUCAAACUCUGGAUUCCGUAGAAUCCUUGACCUGGAGAAUGUCUCGAUAUCUUGGAUAUAUCCGCGGCAGUAGAGGUGGAAAGCAAGGAAAUGAGGUUGUGGUGUAUUGA